UUUUAAACACUUUGCUGGUGGAGGCCUUGACAAUAUUUAGAUGAGCAGUGGCAUUUGAAGGCUCGGUGGGAAUUUCCGACCUGUCGGCUCCCAGCUCAAGUCUCACUUUGUCCGGAACGGGAGCGAGUGCCUGGGGGGGAACUGCGGAAGGAAAACAGGGAGAAAGUUCAGGGAGAAGGAGCAUUGAUGAUCCCAGCGUCAGGGAGGGAGUGUGAGGGAAUGAGAGAGGAGGGGAUAGAGAGAGGAAGAGGGUAAGAGGUAGAGAGAGCAAGGGACUGAGAGAGAGAGUGAGGGACAGAGAUUGUGAAUGAUUGUGUGUGUGUGAGAAACACAAUGAGUGACAGAGUGUGUAAGAGUGAGGUUUGAGGAACUGCGUGUGAAGGAGAGGCUGAGGAUGCGUGUGAGGGAGUAGUGAGUGAGAAAGUCUGAGGGAGUGAGGGAGAGGGUGUCAAUCUGAGGGUGUGAGAAGGUGAGGGGGUGAGGAAGUUGGAUGUUUGACUGGUUGUGAGUUUGAGUGUGGUAGAGUUUGAGGGUGUGAGGGUGUAGCUGGUGUCUUCUUGGGAGCUUAACCUCCCCUCACCAUGCCGAGCCAGUGCAGGUUAUUGGUGAGGAGUGCAGCCCAGUUGGUGCAGGUCAGUGACAGUGGGGCCCAGUUCCUGGGCAAGGCUGAGAUGCAGAGACUGGCUGUGAUCACCGGGGGCAGCAUUGUCAUCAAUAGGGAAGGUGUGAUUGAGGCUGUGGGGCCAAACGAGCUGAUCCAAUCCAAGUAUAAAGGAGUUACAUUUGACCAAGAAAUCGAUGCUUGUGGGAUGUGUGUACUGCCAGGUCUGGUCGAUGCUCACACUCAUCCUGUGUGGGCUGGAGACAGAGUUCAUGAAUUUGCAAUGAAGCUGACUGGAGCAUCCUACAUGGAGAUUCACAAAGCUGGAGGAGGAAUACAUUUCACUGUCGAACACACGAGGAAGGCAUCAGAGGAAGAACUCUUUGAAAGAUUGAGAGGGCGGCUCCAGCGUAUGGUCCAAGCGGGGACCACGCUGGUGGAGUGCAAGACGGGCUACGGCCUGAACCUGGAAACCGAGACCAAAAUGCUGCGGGUGAUUGAGCGAGCCCGAAGAGAGCUCGAUAUCAGCAUCUCCUCCACAUACUGCGGUGCUCAUUCUGUGCCGAGGUAA